AUGGAUGGCAGCAUCAAAAGCUCUGCAAACGGACCAGAUGAAGAUGGAAACGGGGAUGGACGUUUUGCGCUCCUCAGAGCUGGAGUUUUGGGGCUCGUUUUUCUUCUUGCAACAUUUGGCAACCUUUUUUUCUUGGGCACCCUCUGGAAAAGAAGGAAAAGAAACACGAGGACCCAGCUGUUCCUCUUGCACCUGUGCUUUGCCGAUCUGGUGGUGGCCUUUUUCCAAGUGUUACCGCAGUUUUCCAUCGAAAUUACGCACAGGUUCAGAGGGACGGACUUCCUCUGCCGCGCGGUAAAAUACCUGCAGGUGGUCGGAAUGUUUGCCUCCGCGUACAUGAUAGUAGCCAUGACCAUAGACAGGUACCAUGCAGUGUGCACGCCCAUGGUCUCCUUCUUGGAGGGCUCGUGUCGGAGGUACAUCUCCAUCGGCGCAGCGUGGCUCAUCUCUCUCGCCUUCAGCUCUCCGCAGAUCUUCAUCUUCUCUCUGCAGGAGGUCGAGGUGAACCAGUACGACUGCUGGGCGACAUUUAUCGAGCCGUGGGGGAGCAGGAUCUACAUCAGCUGGAUCACUCUGGCGGUCUUUGCUUUGCCAGCUGCAAUUUUGCUGUACUGCCAAAUGAGAAUAUGCAUCACCAUCUACUUCAACAUGAGGAGGAAGGCGCUGCAGUCAGGACGCACGGGCGCCAAGGGGGUUUCCAACGCAAUGCUUAAGACUGUGAAGAUGACCUUUGUCAUUAUAAUGGCAUACACUCUGUGCUGGAGCCCAUUUUUUGUUGUACAGUUGUGGUCUGCCUGGAGCCCCAGCAGUGCACCCACACAAGGUCCAGUAUUUGCCAUCAUCAUGCUGCUGGCAAGUCUCAACAGCUGCACCAACCCCUGGAUAUAUCUGUAUUACAGCUGA